UCUCUUUUGUUUCUCCAUCUCCAUGGCCGCUCACAUUCCAAGAAUGGACUGUGAAGACCAAGAAACUAUAAGUUUUCAUUCAUAUCCUUGUGCUUACUACGUUCAAAGCCCGUCUACCAUCUCCCAUUCAAACAGCUGCGACAUUCGCGGCCAUGCCACCAUCGAAUCAGCUUUCCAUUCCCCCACACGCUCGGAAACAAACACCAACAACUCAACGUUUCUGAAUAAGAAAAAUCUUGAAGUCUCAAAUUUCACUCUCUCUCGUUACUCUUCUCGUGGAUCCAACAACUCUUUCUUGCAUGAUCCGAAGAAGGUUUUAGCUGAUGAUCAUGAUGGGCCUAGUGACACUGAUCAUGAGAGUACUGGCCAGAACCGUCUGAUUAUUGUUGAUCAUCAUGAUGGGGUCUGUGAUCAUCACCGUGGCAACGAUGAUGAUGAUGAAGAUGAUGGGGAUUGGUAUUAUGGAAGCCAUCAUAAGAAAGGGUUAUGGUGGAGGUAUUUUUCUUUUAGAAGGUCUAAUUCUUGUGCAUGGAUUUCUUUGCAAAUAGGUUGGAGACUUUUGUUGAGUUUGGCAAUUGCGUUGCUUGUAUUUUACAUUUCUACAAAGCCUCCAUCUCCAAAGAUAUCUAUCAAGAAGGUAGAAAUUCACCAAUUUGGACUAGGCGAAGGAGUGGAUAGCACUGGUGUCACAACUAAGAUUCUCACUUGCAAUUGCUCAAUUGAUCUACUUAUAGACAACAAAUCCAAGCUCUUCGGCCUCCACUUUCACCGCCCAACCAUGGAAAUGUCCUUCGGCCGGCUCCCUUUCGCAUCAUCACACGGACCAAAGCUAUAUGUUGCGAGCCAUGGGUCGACAUUGUUCGAUUUAUAUGUGGGAACAAGAAACAAGCCGAUGUAUGGUGCCGGGAGGGACAUGGAGGAUAUGCUUGAGUCAGGAAUGGGAUUGCCUUUGAUUAUGCGUUUGAAGUUGAGGUCAAUUUAUCGGGUUGUUUGGGACCUUAUAAAGCUCAAGUUCCACCAUGAAGUCCAAUGUUUAUUAGUUCUAACUACUAAAUAUGAUAAGAAACACCGAACCCAAACAUUUAAUAGCACUUGCUCUAUAACAACUUAGUUUAUUAAUUAUGGAUUGCUGAAAUUGUCUAUGGACUUCUCAUUUAUAUAUGUUGAUUUUCUUA